CCCCUUACUUACCGAAUCGCCCGACCUUCUCUCUCUACAUAAAUACCUUUCGAUUCAACCGUCCUCCCUGCAUUCGCUCAUCUACCGGAGAUUCGAAACCCUAAUUCUGCGACCGCCCCUCUCCUCCUCGGCUUUCCCAGACUCCAUCGUUUGCUCGAUUGAUCUGAAGCAACAAUGGCCCGUACCAAGCAGACCGCUCGUAAAUCCACCGGUGGGAAAGCUCCCAGGAAGCAGCUCGCCACCAAGGCUGCGAGGAAAUCGGCCCCGACCACCGGCGGAGUGAAGAAGCCUCACCGUUACCGCCCCGGGACGGUGGCUCUCCGUGAAAUCAGGAAGUACCAGAAGAGCACCGAGCUCCUGAUCCGCAAGCUGCCCUUCCAACGCCUUGUCCGUGAAAUCGCUCAGGACUUUAAGACGGACUUGAGGUUCCAGAGCCACGCGGUCCUCGCCCUCCAGGAAGCCGCCGAGGCGUACCUUGUGGGUCUGUUCGAGGACACCAACUUGUGCGCCAUCCACGCCAAGAGGGUCACCAUCAUGCCCAAGGACAUCCAGCUCGCGAGGCGAAUCCGCGGCGAGCGUGCUUAGAGUCUCUCUCUUUCGUUUUACAGAAACAUUAUGACUAGGUCUUUUGGUAAUUCGUUUUGAUUCCUGUGCAUAGAUGUCGAGUAUUGCUCAAGUGCGUCUUGUCGCAGUUAGUCUCUUGACAAUCGUAUCAUAACCCAGUGGACAAUCGUCGCCAUUUGUUGAACAACGUUAUGGUUUGAGUAAUAUCAGUUUCUGCAAUUGCUCUUUC